GAAGGCCGCGACAUUAACGCCAGUCUCAUCAACAGUACCACAGAGAUGCGGCUUCUCAACUCUGCGCUCGUAACUCUCCUUACACUUACAACAUUCAGCCUUGCAAGUUCGAGUUCUGUUCUUGUAGUGCUCGACCCAUCAUUAGACAGGGAGAACUAUUCGAUUUUCUUUGGUGGACUUGAAAAACGAGGCUAUAACUUAACGUUCCGUGCUCCCAAAGACACCACUCCUGCCAUCACCGACUAUGGCGUGCCAAAUUAUGAACACGUCAUUCUUUUCGCACCAGACACAAAAUCGUAUGCAAAAGACAUCACUCCCCAGUCACUCGUAAGCCUCCUCUCAGAGAACACCAACCUCCUCAUCGCGCUCUCCCCGAAACAAACGCCCCUCACAAGUCUCGCGGCAGAGUUCUCACUCAUCCCCCCGCCCCCAGAAACACCACUUAUUUCGCACCACCCCGCUCGUUCAGAGCCCCAAACAACAAUCCCUGUCACCGUCUCAUCAUCAAGCCCAAUCCUCACCCCAGGAAUACCCCCAGUCUGGUUUACAGGCGCACCUCACGCACUAGGCUCUACUCCUAUGCUCGUUCCCAUUCUCCGCGCCCCCGCAGAAAGCUUCGCUGCCGACUCCACAAGCGACGCUGACAGUGACGCCCUCGUAACCGCUUCCGAAAAAGGUGGUGAAGGCCUCUGGGCCGGAAGUCAGAUGGGCUUAGUUACUGGAUUCCAAACGAACGUGAACUCGCGCGUGGUGUUCGCCGGCGGCGUGAAGAUGUUCAGUGACGAAUAUGCGACAAAGGAGCUUCCUUCUGGGGGGUCUCCUGGGAACGCUUUGUUCGUGACCGAUGUGGCUGCCUGGGUUUUCCAGGAGAAGUUGAAGUUGAGGAUCGAUGCGGUUGACCAUCAUCGAGUUGGUGAGAGCGAGGCGCCAAAGAUGUAUACUACCAAUGAUGAGAUCGUGUAUACAGCGCAUAUCUCUGCGUACGACACCGAGACGUCUACAUGGAAGCCUUACAGCGGCAUCGACGACUUGCAAUUAGAAUUCACCAUGCUCGAUCCUCACAUCCGCACCUCUCUUCCACCUGUUCCUGGCUCCCCUGGUGCAUACCAAGUCCAGUUUUGCGCUCCUGAUAGACACGGGGUUUUCAAGUUUGUCCUGAACUGGAAGAGGAAGGGUUACUCAUACCUCGAAUCAAGCACGACCGUCCCUGUCGUGCCGCCAAGACAUGACCAGUACCCUCGUUUCUUGAGCGCCGCGUGGCCGUAUUAUGCAGGAGCCAUCAGCACCAGCGCUGGAUUUUUCCUUUUUGCAGCUUUGUGGCUUGCAGGAGAUGUCAAAGGCGAGCGGAAGAAGGGUUCCAAAGUAGAGUAA